CUGAUUACGUAUUCUCCUUAUUUAUCUUCUGUUUGAGGGUAUAAAAUUUGUACACUAAAGUCGUUUGUGUUAAAAGGUUUUCAAAGUUGAAUGUUCAGUGAUUCUUAGAUUGGUUUAAUAGUUAUAUAGCAACCCCACUGGUGAAGGUUUCAUCACAAUUUUUGAAAUUGUGAGAAAUUAGGGACAAAUGUGGCUGUUUGUGGCAACAAUAAUCAUUGUCCGAUGAAGUUCUUCUUUUCCAGUUAUCAACUCGAACGUACUUCGUUAUUCUCUCUGUCUAGCAAAUAAGUGUGGAAGAUGGAAUCCACAAGCUCAAGAGUCAAUGUUUCAAAUUCCAGACAAUCUUCUAAGCAGCUUCUGUUUGACCGCCGCUAUGGAUGGGUAAUCGAUGAGUGGAAAGACCCAGCAGAGGAAGCACUUGAUGGAGGCAGAGGAAUGUUUUGCAUACUGCCACUUGCCAAAGCCUUGGUGCAGAAGGCCUCACAAUCAAUAAAUUUUGCAGUAAUCUCGGUCAAAAAAGGUUCAGAAAACCCAGAACUGUUUUCCCCUCAGAUGCUACAGAGUGGUCUAGAUGACGGUGUUAAGAGUUUUAUGACAUUUUUCAAGAACAUCGGGAGUAAAGGUUUCAUCCUCAACAAGAAUUCUCAGUCACAUGCCUCCAAUAGCUCUUCCCUCUCACAUACAGAAAGCAAUGGAUGAAGGAACAAAUUUUAUCAUCAAAGUUUUUUGUUCUAAUACAGAAUGCAGUUUAUCAUCCAUUCUGUCCUAUCUAUUCAUUCCUAAUACAAUACUCAAUCGACAAUUAUUUGGAUACCAUUUCGGCGUUUUUGGUUGGUUGUCACAUUUCUGUAUCACUUAUAACUAUUCUUCACACCUUGUCUUUCUAAGGCCAAGAAUUAAAUACAUUAUCACAUUUUCAUUGAAUAGAUAUUUUCAAUUGACUUC